UCACAAUCGAUUGCGGCUAAAUAUAUAUUGAAAUGGGUAUUCAGUGCAUUCCAUAAUAAAGUUACACUUUAUUCGGGUACAUAUUGAGGUGGUCGGUCAUACACACUUUUUGCGUUCUAAAGGUAUUCUACCUAUUUUUCUAGUUUAAUUAUGGAUUUAAGCUGGAUAAAAUUCAAAAAGUACCUAAACGUGUUGAAAAUUCGACUAUUUGUGGCAGAAGUAGUUUCGAUUCCUAUUAAUAUUUUUAAUCUUGAUUAUAACGGCAAUGUUUUUAUUGUGAAAAGGAAUACUUCCAACCAUCAUAAACGAAUUUUUCGAAAAAUUUUAAUUUACAUCAUAAUCCUGAAUAUUGCCUUUACGAUCUCCUACUUUUGUGGGGCUUCCUUCAUGCGGGUAUAUUUUCCAGAAGAAUUUAAUCAUUUUGACACAACGGGAAAUAUGAAAGUGGCUCAGCAUACAGCUGUGUUACUAAUGUGUUUUAGCGGCUUCAAAUAUUUAACAACACUUUGCCUUUUGAAAAACUGGCUGAAUAAUCGAAACGGAAAGAUCUUGGAAUCCCUUCUGAAUGAGUUGAUAUCAAUGUGUCAAAGCGUGUGCAAACAUUCUGAUUUCGAGUUCAACAGGAUGCCGCCGCAAUGCAGUCUCAUCUUUCAUAUGCAGCUUAUUCUAACCGUUCGAAGUAUAUUAAACAAUACCGUUAGACUUUCGUUAUUUGAUGAUACUUUUUCAGUAAUAAUGGAAUUUUGCACCGACUUUUAUUAUGCAUCAAUUUGCUUUAUGUAUCAAACGAUGAUCUUAGUUUUGUGGAAUCUGCAUUUUAAUGUUAAUAAAUAUUUCGAGAUGAGUGUAAAAUGUAAAGUAAUUAAAAGGAAGAAUCUUCUUACGUUUCUAAAUUUAAUGCAAGGUUUAAAGAAUGCCCAACGCGAUUUCGUUAAUCACUUUUUAUGGCUGCCUUGCAUUCAGUGCAUUAAAGCUUUCCUUCUUAUUGCUGAGAGCUCAUGUUUUUGGAAUUACCUGCACCAACGGAACCUGUUGGCUGAAAUCAAAUUAGAUUGGUUAUAUUGCGACGCCUUUUUAUGUUGGUUGGACUUAUAUCUUUUGUCGUUCUCACUGAAGGAGCUUUAUAAACUUUAUCGUCACUCUCAACACCAACUGUUUAUAGAGAUUAUCAGAGAGUCUGAUCAGCAGUACUUGACCGCAGCUUUCAUAUUGGAUCAUCAUUUGAAGCCCUAUACAAAUUGCUUGCUUCUAAAUGCUCAACAUACAUAUCACUGGACCCUUUUAACUCCAUUGGCUUUCGGAUAUAUCAUGUCUUAUAUUAAUCCAAUCGAUUUGAGUUAUUUACAGAUGUUAGGUCAAUAAAAGUUUACAUAACGGAAAUGAAAAACUAUCUUAGGUUCACUUCAUAACAGGGACAACGUUAGAGAUCCUGAAGUUUUUUUUUUAACAAUUACAUGCUUUGUUAUAAGUAUAGCUAAAAAGACUGAAGGCCCACCGUGAACUAACAAUAAUUCCACCAUUCUUCAGAUCUAAAAAAAUAUAUUCCUGUAUAUAUUUUCG